AAGGGGUGGAUCUUAUAUAACUGGUUAUGGUGAGAGUGAAAGAGAAAAUAAGCCUUAUAUAACUGGAUAUAUCAAAGGUAGAAAAGGAGAUCAGUCUUACCUUACCGGCUACCUUCAAUCUCAAAAAGAUCAAAAAGAAAAAGGCAAACCCUAUAUAACUUCUUAUGGUGGGAGCAAAAGAGAAAAUCAAGCUUACAUAACUGGCUACAUCAAAGAGAAAAAGGUGAAUCAGCCUUACAUAACUGCAUAUGGUGGUAGCAAGAAAGAUUCACAAGGAGAGAAUCCUACAGAGUCUUAUGCAGCCACCUAUGCAAGAGACUUCAAAGAUUCUUAUGCAGCUACAUAUAGAAAGGAAGAAUCAGGGAGUAAUGAUGCAGCCAUCAACAAAGGAGAUCAUACGGAGGCAUUCAAGACAGGCUUUUUCGCUAUGGAUGAUCUUUACGUAGGCAGUAGGAUGACCCUCCAAUUCCCUAUUGAAGAGUUUCCUCACUUCCUCACAAGGAAAGAAGCUGACUCCAUUCCUUUCUCAACAUCACAACUUCCAAGUGUCCUUCAACUUUUCUCAGUCCCUCAAGAUUCACCAGAGGCUCAAGCAAUGGGAGGCACACUCGAACAAUGCGAGCUUCAACCCCUAACAGCAGAAACCAAGGUCUGUGUUUCUUCCUCAGAGUCCAUGAUUGACUUCGUUCGCUCCAUCAUCGGUUCUGAUUCUCAACUAGACAUCCUCACAACCACAUUGCCUGCAACAUCAAAUGUCCCUUUACAGAACUUCACUGUUCUGGAAAUCUCUCCAGAUAUCUAUGCUCCUAAAUGGGUGGCUUGCCAUCCAUUGCCUUACCCUUAUGCUGUUUUCUACUGUCACUUCAUAAGCUCAGGGACCAAGGUCUUCAAGGUUAAAUUGGGUUCUGAGAAUGGAGAACAAAUGGAGGCUUUAGGAGUUUGUCACUUGGACACAUCUGAGUGGAGUCCUGAUCAUAUUUUAUUUGAGCAACUCGGAUUCAGGCCAGGGGAAGCUCCCGUGUGUCAUUUCUUCCCAAUGAAGCAUCUCAUGUGGGUUCCUCUUCCCUCAAAAGCCACCAUGUGAAAGUGAAGUUAAUGUUGUGUCCUUGUUAUGUGUGUGUCCAACAAUAAAUGAACAAGGCCGGCUAGCUGGACUCAGUGUUGUACAAUACGCAGUAGAUCUCAGUUGCCCUGCUUCUGUUGUUCAUUAUCCCCCGGUGAUUUUUUGUGUUGUUUCUAAGUUAUGAUCCUGAAGCUUCUCUUGUUGA